AUGACUACCAACAUGAACUUCGGUCCCGAAUGGAUGCGCCCAGGUGUUCCCAAGCGAUCCAGCACGUUCGAUUCCCAAAAUGCUCGUCCAAUGCACUCUUUGAACCAUCCUUCAGGUGUUAAUGGAGGUCUGCAGUCCUUCAUGGCACUCAACCAAGCACCACUACAACCGGGAUUCAAUGACGAGUCUAUUUCUUCCAUCUCUGACCAUCCAAGCCUAAAUGCCACAAACCUGGGACAAUUGUCCGAAAGUGCAUUCGGUGUAUCGACUGAGAAUCCAUACAAGUACUCGAAGGAAUUCAUGUUGAGCUUGUAUCGACCCGUGGAUCCUCCAGCAGACUUUGAACGCCAUGAAUACGUCGCCGUUGAAGAGCCUCAGGGUCCUCUAUCAUUUGUGGAGUUAUCUGAAGAGGAGAAAAAGUUGUUGGCUGGUCCUGUACAUUCUGAAGUUGGACGUCGUAUGAUCAUUUCAAACAAUGAAAGAACCAAUGGACAAAGAAACAACAACAACAACAACAACCAUCGCGACUUGUAUGCCAGCCCAUUACAUAGUCCUGCAUCUGAAAAUGCACCUGGCACACCGGGAAGAAUGAACAUGGCACGCUCCAAAGGUCGCAUGCAUGAUUAUUUCACCAGAGAUCGUGAUCAACAAGGUUCCAAGCGACAUGAUCAAGAGGGUGGCCGACAACGUGAAUGGUCUCAAUCGGAUGGCCUUGGUACUCUCACACCCAACAAGUCGCGUGAUGACGAACAAGAACCACCAGCUUGGGGAUCCGUCAGCCAAGAAGCUGUGGGUUCAUUUGACAGCAAUGGUGUAUUCCGACUUGGUGGUGGCAACAUGGCUGGAAUGGAUACCCGUCGUGGUGAUUGGCAAGGGGAUUCGGAUAUGAGUAAAAGAGGAGGAGGUUUCCAAGGUGAUGAAGCUUUUGGUUCCCCACUCAAAGGUGGACAUGGCGUACUUGGUGGUGCUGGUGGUGGCAUGAAUGGUGAAUUUUCAUCCGAAGCUGAGAAUGGAGGACCAGCAUCCAUGUUGAAUACCAAAAAGCCAGUGACUCAGUACAAGUGGUUUUACCGUGAUCCUCAAGGCACUGUGCAGGGACCAUUCGAGGCACAGGAAAUGCAAGAGUGGUACAAGGCUGGCUUUUUCGCUCCUACGCUAUUGAUUCGUCGUGAAGAUGAAGGCCAAUUUGAACCUUUGAUUGUGCUUAUUCGACGCCUUGGCACCGAUGAUGAACCGUUCUUGACCCCAUUCCCUUCGUCGCAUUCGGCUACUGGAUCUCCAAGCGCGUUGCAUAUGCCGCCACGUUCAAGAGCCUUGGAUCCUUUCAGCCGUGGUCCUGCUUCAACAGGCUCAUUGAUGGGUUUGGAUCCUUCUGCUGGUGGUGGCUUCUUUGGCAACUCAUCCCAAGCAUCCGAUUUGUUAUCACCUCAAGCAAGCGGUGCUGGUGGUGGUCUUGAUUUUGGUGGUGCAAAGUACAAUCCAUUAGGAGGAGGUGGUGGUAUCAACAACCUAUCCACAAACUUUUUGCAGCAGCAAAUGGGUCAAGGUCCUGGUUCUCCUCAUUCGCCAUCACUUCUUCAAGGCCCUCUCAAUUCUUUUGGUUCUUCAUUGCUUGGUUCACGUGACAGUGGCUCGCCAUGGGGAGAUAAGCCAAGAACACCUUCAUGGUUGAAUAGCAGUGGCAGCCAAAAUGAUUUAUUUGGAGGUGCAAAUGACACUUCGGGUAUGCCACCAUUGUUCCGUCAGCAGCAACAACAACAACCCUCGUUGAAUCCAUUAUUCGGCUCCAAUAUGGGUUCACCAGGUCUUUUUGAUUAUCAACGUGCUAUGAACGAGCAAAUGUCGCAUCAACAAUACUUGCAGUUGUUACAACAAAAGCAGCAGCAACAUUUGCAGUUCCAACAACAAUUGCAACAACAGCUAUCGCAACAACAUUCUCUUGAAGCUAUGCUUGCAUCUCAACAAUCCCAGGCUUAUCAACAACAGCAACACGCUCAGCAGUCUCCUCUUGCGCAAUCUGCUUUUGCACCAGCUACUAGUGUGGGUUUGGAAUCAACUAUGCCUACUCGACCACAAGCAUCUCCCGCUGCUGCUCCUGGUUGGGGUUCAGCUCCUGGUACUCCACGAGGCGUUGGUAGUGUUACUGCUGGUGAUGGAGGAUCAAUGUCAAACUCCUGGUUACAAGGCAAAGCAUCACCUACUCCUGCUGCAUCUCAACAAGCUGCUGCUACCAUUCAGACCCCAGAAAACAAGGUUGAACCAGAAAGCACUUUGGAUGAUAUCGUUACACCAAUGAGCACUAUGCAAUUGAAGGAAGAACCAAAGGAACAGCAGCAAUACAACGCUAUCAAAGAACCAUCUCCAGCACCCGCCAAGGAAGUUGUUGAACCCGUAGCAGAGACAUCACCUUCGAAACCAGCAUCUGCACCCGCUGUUAAACCUGUAUCAUUGCGUGAAAUUCAAGCUGAAGAGAUGCAAAAGCAACAAGAGCUUAAGGAACAACAACAAAAGCUUAUGCAACAACAACAGCAGCAGCAACAACAACAGGCAAAGGCUGUUCAACAAAAUGGUGCUAGUACCAAGGGUGGAUGGAAUGUUACCAACAAUUCUCCAUGGGGUGGUGUGGAUCAAACGCCAAAGGGCCCUUCGUUGCGUGAAAUUCAAGAAAUGGAAGCAAAGGAAGCUGAAUCGCGUAAGCAAGUUGAAGCACAACAAAUGGCUGCAUCAGCUGCUUCUUGGGCAAACACAUCCAAGAACCCAACCAUCGUAUCCAAUGCAUCUUCUUCAUCACCAGCAUGGGGUGCUACCGCUGCUCCUAAAAAGACUUUGCGUGAAAUCCAGCAAGAAGAAGAAGAAGCCAUGAAGAAGAAAGUAGCCAAACAACAGGCUGCUGCUGCUGCUGCUAAUGCCGCUGCUGCCGCUGCCGCUGCCGCUACUGCUAGUGCUACAAGUGUCAACAACAUCCCUAGUAAAGGCUACGCUGGUAUUGCUGGUACUACUACACCCAAGUCUGCAAGCUCCAAUGGUGGAUCAUGGACUACAGUUACCAAUCAGCGCUCUGCUCCUAAGCCUGCUGCACCCCUUUCAUCUAUUAGCAACAAUGUUCAACAGCCUGCUGCUCGUCAACAGAAUGAUGGAUGGGAAGUAGUUGGUGCCGUCAAGAGUACACCUAUUUCAUCUACCCCUGCUUCAACUCGACCAGCCACUGCUGCUGCCGCUGCUGCAAGAAAUGCUCCCAAGAAUGAUGGUGAUCAAAAGCCUCCCAGUGAAGAGUUUAUGCGUUGGUGCCGUCAAUCCUUGCGUGGUUUGAAUGCUGGUGUUAAUGGUGAUGAAAUUCUUCAAAUGUUGCUUUCCUUCCCAUUGGACAACAGCUCUUCAGAGAUUAUUCAAGAUAUUAUUUAUGCAAACUCCACUUCCAUGGAUGGUCGUCGAUUCGCUGCAGAGUUCAUGAAACGUCGAAAGGCUGAUAUGGCUGGCAAGCUCAAUGUUACCAUUCCUGUGAUGAGCAGCGCUGCCCUGGAUGAGGAAGAGACUUUCCAAGUGGUCACCAAGAAGGGCAAAAAGAAAACCCAAGGCUUCUAA